AUGCUGCCCCACUGCCAUGCCGCCCCACUGCCAUGCUGCUCCACUGCCAUGCUGCUCCACUGCCAUGCUGCUCCACUGCCAUGCUGCUCCACUGCCAUGCUGCUCCACUGCCAUGCUGCUCCACUGCCAUGCUGCUCCACUGCCAUGCUGCUCCACUGCCAUGCUGCCCCACUACCAUGCUGCUCCACUGCCAUGCUGCUCCACUGCCAUGCUGCUCCACUGCCAUGCUGCCCCACUGCCAUGCUGCCCCAUUGCCAUGCUGCCCCGUGCCCCAUCACAACACACUUCCCUCCUUCCCUCGCUCCCUCCCUCCCUGCUUCCCUGCCUACCUACCCUUUAUGCUACAACAAUGCGGGCGUGAUGAUAUGCCCGUUCAUGCUCACUGCGGACGGCCAUGAGAACCAGUUCGGCACCAAUCACGUGGUCCCUCCGCCCCCCUCCCCCUCUCUUUCCCUUUCACCCUCUUCCCCCCUUCCCCUGCACACACCCCCCACCCCAAUUGCAAUCGCACCUGUCGUACCCCCUUUAGGCCACUUCCUGUUGACCAACCUGCUGCUGCCGAAGCUCAAGGAAACUGCCAAGCAGGAGGGCGCAGAGGCGGCGCAUCGUGAUCGUGUCCUCCGCCGCGCACCAGUUCCCGUAACGAGGCGGCCUCCGCUUGACGCCAUCAACGCCAAGGAGGGGUACGACCGGGGAGCGUACAGCCUGGUGUUCCAGUGGUUCAUGAAGACCAUUCCUCAGGGUGCGGCCACCUCAUGCUUCCUGGCGGCGCACCCCUCAGUGGCGGGUGCAAGUGGGGGCUACUACGCAGACGCGCGGGCAGCCGAGGGCAAGGCGACGGUUUUGAGCAAGGACAUGGAGCUGGCUGGGAAGCUGUGGGAGCUGAGUGAGCAGAUGGCGAACAAGGAGUAA